GUUUUCACGAUCAGUCUUCAAUAAAAUGCUGAAAGCUACGGUUCUAUUCACUUUCUUACUAGCAAGUGCUAAGAUAGGAUGGGCCCAUGAAAAGUUCACCAUUCAAAUCAAUGAAGGCAACGCUGUUGCUGCGGAGCUUAAAUCGGAACCUUUUAUAAAAAUAAACAGUGGCUAUUACUACUUUGGAAGAGAGUCCCUCAACUGGUACGAAGCCUACGAAAAGUGCCGACAAUUCGACUCCGAGCUGGUCACUUUCGAAACCGAUGGCGAGUUCGAUGCCGUGUCCAGCUAUCUGAUGUCCAAUGCCGCCCACGAUAACUUUUGGACCUCGGGCAACGACUUGGCCCAAACGGGAAGCCACAGGUGGUUCUCGAGUGGCAAGCAUAUGAACAGCCUGCGAUGGGCCCGCAACCAGCCAGACAAUGCUGGCCAACGAGAGCACUGCAUCCACAUGGGCUUUAUAUAUCCUGAUUCCCAGAAGUACGAGCUCAAUGAUCGUCCUUGUUCGAACCACAACCAAAGCCUCUUCAAGUACAUUUGCGAGGCCCCCAAAAUGGAGACCAUUUCCAUAGUGGUUUGGAAAUAAAUCUAUAGAUAUCUUAAUAUCUGAUUUAAUAAAAUAUAAUUAUCCAAAAAUACUUACAA